AUGUGCUUUGUGCCUGAUAGAGUGCCUCAAUGCCACACACGGUCAAGGCGUAGGUACUUUUUUGGAUCAGUAGCUGGCUCAGAGAACAAAGCAACACCGAAUAAGCAACAAUGCGAUCUUUCUCUCUGCCGCAUGCUUGCAGCCGAGUUUGCCUCUUUCGACUGGAGCCCAUGGGACGAGCAUUGUGACCUCGGAGGAUUGCCGUAUUCCCAACAAUACUUCGCCACUGGAACUCGUAUCAUAGCGAUCGUGGUGAGCGAGGUUGGUCCUAAUAUACCGCUUUUUGCUGUCAGCGAUCUCCUUUUUCCUGGUCACUCAGCCUCCUCGAUAUUAUACGAUGAAUCAAGCACAGAACACUCUGCGACGGACACAGCUUAG